AUGGUCAUAUCGAUAAACAAUACCCCACCAUCGAAUAAUUCUUCACCAAAUGAAUCAACAACUUCGUCAAUUUCUUCAUCAUUGUCGACCACAAGUAACAAAAGACUAAGAAAAAUUCCACCUGAAAAAAGACAAAAGGUUUCAACAGCUUGCGAUUCUUGUAAGAAGAGAAAAUUUAAAUGUUCAGGUUCAAAUCCAUGUGAUUUAUGUUCUAAAAAAGGUUAUGAAUGUUCUUAUACUAUAGUUGAUAAAAGAUCAUUGAAAAGUGAAAGAAUGUUGAAAUUAAAACAAGAAAAAUUGCAAAAGGAGAAAGAAGAUGAAGAAAAUAGAAAGCAUCAACAAUUCAAUAAUCCAGUACAAAAUCAACAACAAAAUCAAGCCCCAUCUUCGAUUCCAGUUCAAUAUCGUUCUUUACCAUCUAACAAUCAAAACAUAUCUUAUCAACCACCAAAUACUUUACCAUAUCAACCGCAACCACAAGCACAACCUAUGAAUAAUCAAAUACAAGGUCAAAGUUCACCUCAAUAUAACCAAUUACCACCACCUCAUUUAAUUCAACCACAACAACAACCUCCAUUUGAACAACAUAGAAUUUCUCCAACUUAUCAGAAUCCAAAUAAUGGUGGUCCAAAUAUUCCAAAAUUAAAUUAUCAUCCACCUCAACAUUCAUAUAUAUCUCCACAAUCUACUUAUGGGGUAAGACCAAAUUAUCUGGCUCAAAGAUCAAGUUAUACCGGUCAACCUUUACCCCCGAUGCAACCACAACCUCAAGGUCUCCCACAACAACAAUUUACUACUAACCAAUAUCAAAAUGGCUUACAACAUCCACCACAACCAUCACAAGCAAUUCAAAAUGAUAUUAAACAGAAGCAUGAACAAACUGAACAACCUCAACCACCACCAGUAUUCAAAGCUGAUAGUGGGAAUGGUAUGCCAACUCCAGAAACUACACCAACUGCAAUAAUUGACAAUUCAGGUAGUACAUAUGUUCCAAAAUCAUUACAACCAUUUUUAUCAUUGCCUAUUGAAAAAACUCCUAAAAAGACUAGUAAUGGUGGAAAAGAAGAAGAAGAGGAGGAAGACGAAGAAAUUGACGAAGAGAUGGAAAAUAGCGAAGAUGAUGGAGCAGAAAAAGAUGGUGUAUCAAAUCAAGCAGGUAAAAGUUGUAUAUUAUUAAAUGACAAAACUGGCGUCUUUAGAUAUAUGGGAGAAACAAGUCCAUUAAGUGUAUUGUAUGAGACGAGAAAUAUAUUUUAUCAAUACGUUGGUAAAACAAAAUUAACAGAAGAUUUAAGAGGUUGUCCAGUCACUGAUAAACCUUUAAAAGUAAGUACAAAAGUAACUGUCAGUUUACCAUCUCCACAAGAUAGAGAUAUCUAUAUUGAACAAUUCAAAAGAAAUAUUAAUGAUACUUUUUUCAUCUACGAUAUGAAGAAAUUUUAUAAGGAUAUUGUUGAACCAGUAUAUUCAAAUCCAGAUUUAGAAGAAAAUGAAGUUAAAAGAGUUCAAUUAUAUUUUGUUUUAGCUAUUGGUGCAACUUAUUAUGAUUUUACUCAAAAGAUACCUGAAGCUGAAUUAGGUGCAAAAUUCUUUGAUUCUGGAUUAUAUAUGUUACAAUCAUUAGUUGAAGACUCAGAAUUAUGGUGUGUUAUUGUACAUUAUUUACAAUUCCAUUAUUAUCAAUCAAUACUUAAGAAGUCAACUGCAUGGAUUCAUUUAAAUAUUGCAUUAAAAUAUGCUCAAUCACUUGGUUUACACCGUAAUUUUGUUAAUGAACAAUUUUCAAAAAGUGAUGAAUGUGAGUAUAGAAGAAGAAUUUUUAGAAGUAUAUAUUCUUCAGAUCGUAUAUCAUCAGUAUUCAUUGGUAGACCAUUAAGUGUUAACAAUUACGAUUGGGAUGAUUCAACAAGGUAUAAAGCUUCUAAAUUUUUAGUCACAAAUUUAAAUUUUAAUGCUAAAUGUCAAAUUGAAUUAGCUAAAAUAAGUACAUUAAUUGGUAAAAUAGUUGCAAAUUUUUACCAAAAUAGAAUUAUUGAUAUUAAUAGAACUAAAUCUUUAGCAGUUCAAUUAAAACAAUGGUCAAAAAAUUUAGAUCCAUUAUUAGGUAUUGAUAAUAUUUUGAAGCCAACAGAAAUUCCAAAUAAUGAAGAUGGAGGAAAUACUCAAAUUAUUUUACAAACUCAUUUAUUACAAUUAUAUGCAAUUAUGUUAUUAUGUAGACCAUUUUUCAUGUUUGAUGCAGUUAGUAAUAUUAACACUAAAUUACAAAGUUCAAUAAAAGAUAAAGAAAGUUCAAAACAAUUUUGUUCAGCUGCAACAAAAGCAUCAAUAUUAGCUAUUAAGUUAAUGAAUCAUUACAUAAAUACUGCUUUUAAAGAAGUUAAAAGAAUGGAAUGUUAUGUGAUAAUUACUUGUACUUUUUACAGCUCAAUUAUUAUUGGUAUAAGUAUAUUAAAUGGAGGAUUUGAAGAAGAAGGAUAUUCAGAAUCUGAUUUAAUUAAUUUAUUAAAAAAUGGAGUUUAUGUAUUAUUACAUUUCUCAAAAUGUAAUAAAGGAGCAGAAAGAUAUGCAGAAAUAGGAAUAGAUUUAAUUGACGCUUUAGUAAAUAGAAAUAACAAAAAAUCUAAAACAAAAGAAGAAGAAAUUUUUGAUUAUAAUAAUAUAUUAAAUGGAUUUAAUUUUGAUGAAGAAACAAACAAUGAUAUUCAAUCCCUUAUGGAAUUCCAACAAUUAUUUGUUUCACAAGAAAUUGCUCCUUCUGUUGCUGAAAGUUCAAAUAUGCCUUAUGAUUAUGAUAAUUAUGAUUUAUUUUUUGGUGAUAAAUAUUAG